AACUUUGAAGUCAGCCUUUUCGAAUGGCCUCUUCAGCAAACAUGGUACUUGGAUUUAUGCUCUUAUUAGCUUCAGCAUCAAGUACUAACAACUCGCCCAGAAAUAACAUCAUAGACGAAGACAAUGCGGCUGACCUCAAGGAUUUACUCCACUCAUCGAUGCAGAGCAUAAUCUUACUGAACGACCUCGUUACCAAGCUCACGGAAAAAGUUGUUGAUCUGACCAUCUCAUUUGCCGAUACCAAAGCUGAUAUGCGAAACCUGAAGACCACAGUUGAGGAAGAGAGGGCGAACCUGAAGACCACAGUUGAGGAAGAGAGGGCGAACCUGAAGACCACAGUUGAGGAAAAAAUGACGGACCUGAAGACUACAGUCGAGGAAGAUAUGGCGAACCUAAAGACCACAGUUGAUAGUGAAAUGGCGAACCUGAACACCACAGUUGAGGAAGAGAUGGCGGACCUAAAGACCACAGUUGAGAAAGAUAUGGCGGACCUGAAGACUACAGUCGAGGAAGAUAGGGCAGACCUAAAAGCUACCCCUAGGGAGGUGAUGAUAGUGAGUGAGGAGGAAGAAGCAGGUGAGGCUAGAUGUGCUAGAGUAUGUGCUGGAACCACUGGUCGAGGCACCACCAGUUGGAUUGAAUAUUCUUCUACCGGUAUCCAGUUGAGUGUGGACAUUAGCGACUGCGGGUUUGUCAAGGUACCAACUGUCACUACCUCGGUUGAGGGAAAAGGUUAUCAUUGGAAAGCUACCGGUCUUGCUGCAGUCUACCACACAACCACAACAUCUUUUAAUAUGAAUGUAGAUGGACCAGUAUCAGGGUACGAUCCUCAGGAUGGAAACGCUGAGUCCUGGGGUUGGAAUGUAGAAUGGAUAUCUGUUGGAUACAUCUGCUAAUUCAAACUGAUAAGAACCAAACCCUAGACCUCUUCUGGUGGGAUUGUUUGAUUAUUGACUUGGCGAAUAUUCUGAUAAAAAGGGUUUUUGAUCGUGUUUCUUUCUUGCAUGAUAUAAUCUAAAAGGUCAUGACCUAUCUUCUUUUACAUCUAAUACUAUAACUAUUGCUGGAUAAAAGUAAUUACUGGCCAAGUCGUCACGUUUAAUUACUUGCAAUCGCCUUCAUCGUUUUAAGAGUAUCAUGUUUUUAUUUUACGGUUGAUAAUUUGUUGAUAUUUUAGCUAGGAGAAAGCACAACGAACUUUUAGCGCCGAUUCAAAGCUUUUAAAGUGAAUUCUACUGGAAGUUUAUUCAUACGAAUAAGUUUAACUGGCGAUGGUUCCAGCGCUAAUCAAUUAAAUUCUGUUAGUCAUCUA